UUUGGAGACGCACGACCUUCACCUUCGGUUCGCAAUGGCUGGGCAAAGUGGAUCGUUUUUUAAUGAUGUUCAGAUGGCACCUCCGAUUGAGGUGUUUGCACUUAUAGAUAGAUUUAAGAAAGAUGAACAUCCGAAGAAAGUUAAUUUGAGUGUAGGAGCUUACAGAACAGAAGAGGGUAAGCCAUGGGUUCUUCCAGUGGUGAAAGUUGCAGAGGUUGCCAUGGUUAGUGAUCCAACAUUGAAUCAUGAGUACCUUCCUGUAGCUGGGCUUGAAGAUUUCCGUGAUGCAUCCUGCAAGUUGUUGCUAGGCGCUGAUAGUCCAGCAAUAGUAGAAAAUAGGACACAAGGUGUGCAGUGCUUGGGAGGAACAGGUGCCAUCAGACUAGCAGCCGAGUUCCUAAAGAGAGUGUUGAAGUUUGACACAGUGUUUGUCUCGAAGCCUACAUGGGGUAACCACAAAGGAGUAUUUAAGGCAGCUGGAUUUAGCUCGAUCAAAGAAUAUCGCUACUGGAAUGAUGCAAACAAAAACUUGGACCUUGAAGGAAUGCUGCAAGAUCUCAAGAAUGCCCCAGAAAAGUCUGCUGUGAUUCUGCAUGCUUGUGCUCACAAUCCAACAGGUGUAGAUCCAACAAGAGAGCAGUGGAAACUUAUAGCCGAUGUCCUUGAGGCUAAAAAAAUAUUUGUUCUCAUUGACUGUGCUUAUCAAGGUUUUGCAAGUGGAAAUAUAGAUAAUGAUGCUUUUGCUCCAAGAUAUUUUGCUGAAAGAGGAUUUGAAUUUUUCACAGCUCAGUCUUUCUCCAAGAACUUUGGUUUAUAUAAUGAGCGUACAGGAAAUUUGUGUGUUGUGAACCGCAGUCCAGAGAUGAAAGCGCAGGUGAAAUCCCAGUUGGAGAUCAUUGUGCGAACCAUGUGGUCCAACCCACCUAACCAUGGAGCUCGGAUUGUAGCAUCUGUCCUCAACAACAACUCGCAGUUUAACGAUUGGAAAGAAAAUGUGAAAACUAUGGCUAACCGAAUUCUAAACAACAGAAAGCUUCUCUACGACAAACUGCGAGCAAAGGGCACACCAGGAACAUGGGAUCAUAUCAUUAACCAAAUUGGAAUGUUCAGUUUCACUGGCCUUGGACCGCGCCAAGUCACUCACCUGAUCGACAAUUACCACAUUUACUUGAUGAAGGAAGGCGGACGCAUCAACAUGUGUGCCAUCACCUCCAAAAAUGUGGAUUAUGUUGUCGAGGCCAUCCACGAUGCUAUAACAACAGUACCUAAAACAUAAUAACAGAAAUUAGGUGUUGAUAGUCUGUGAACAAGAGUUGUACUUUCCUUGUGAACAAGAGUUGUACUUUCCUUGUGAACGCAAGUUGUACUUUUCUUGUGAACAAGAGUUGUACUUUCCUUGUGAACAAGAGUUGUACUUACCUUUCUCACCCACUGAACUGUAAGCAGAAUCCUGUUUUGGUGUGUUAGGUUUGCACACCUCAUUAGAUGAGAUUUAUUUCAUAUUUCAUAGACAGUACUGAUAAGCAGGUAUAGCAGAAUUGAUUUGCACCCAAUAAAGAUGACCCAGUUACGAAAUCUGAGGGAACCGGAAGUCAGUUCACGUGAUUUUUACCUAGGUAACCAAUUGUUCGGUUAAGUGAAUUAUAUUUGCGUAACCCGUGGGUUACCUGAUCGGUUACCUCAAAAUUACGUUGAAAUUAUAUUUUAAAU